GGACUUUGUCAUUUUCAGAACACUUGGCGUCACGGAUCUUCAGCCAGUGUCUGCUCGUGGAUUUUAUCCCUGUUUCGACGAUCCUCAGUUCAAGUGUCCGUUGAGCCUGAAAGUGGUCCAUCCGAUGGGUACUAUCGCCCGAUCCAACGCAAUGGAAGUUGCGGACUCACAACCAACAUCCGACCCAUCAUGGAUUGAAACAACAUUCGACGUCACUCCACCGCUUGCAACUCACCUUAUCGGGUUCGCCGUUACCGACUUUGAGCAGAGAGAAGCGAUAACAAAAAGUGCAAUAAAGUGCAACAAAGAGUACUCGUCACCGUUGCACUUAGAGCGCAGUGGAAGGGAGCGCCGUUAUGGCACUGGUGGGGUUCGUAUCUUCUCCCGUCCUGAGGCAAUCAGUUCAACCCUAUUUGCGCUUGAAACAGCCGUCAAAGUCUAUGAUCUUUUAACAGAGUACCUUGGUACACCUUUGGUGAACUCGAAACAAGAUUUCUUCGCUUUUCCUGAACUGGGAGACCGUUCAGUGAGCGGUGAAGGGAUUUUGAUUUUUCGAGAAGACAGCCUUCUGUUUGACCCAUCAACGGACUCUGCAGAGGAAAAAGUGAAGAUAACGAUGGCCCUAUGCUAUGAAAUCACCCAUCAGUGGUUUGGAGGUCUCGUUAGCGUUGUUGAUUGGCCUGAUUUAUGGUUGGAGUCAGUGGAGACAGCGUUGUUGGACGAUGACCGCUCUUUGUCUUAUCCUCUAACUUUCAAACCGGAAUUUCCAACUGAAGUUUACGAAUUCAACGAGCAGGCCACACACGACAAGGGAGCGUCACUGUUACGCAUGAUAAGCGCGAUCGUUGGAAGAGAUGUGUUUCAGAAAGGGACACAGCACUAUGUGAAGUCUCACGCAAAUAGAGAAGCGAACUACACAGACUUUUGGGAGUCGCUGAACAGCGUCCUACCUAGAGACCUUAAAUCUUGGAAUGGCGAAAACUUCAACGUAGCUGACUUCGCUAACAAAUGGGUUGUCCAGAUGGGAUAUCCAGUUGUGGAUGUUCAUCGCCUGAAUUCUCAUACGAUAGAAUUAACACAGAGGAGAUUCAAGAUUGUGUUCAAGCUGAUUUCUUACCUACCAAAGGAGACUGAUUCUUUGCCUUGGUUGUGUGCUUUAAAUGGUUUAAAACGCAUUUACGAACUAGUGUCGAGAACUGAACUCGAAGAGAACAUGAAGAGAUUUAUUUUGGAGAAAGUGGAACCAUUAUUCAACGUUGUGGACGUCGAUAACCUGAAUUUCAUGGACGAGAGGCAGUUUCUCGAGAGUAGAACUAAAAAAGAAAUUGUGAAGAUGUACUGCCAACUUUCGCCUCAGUCUUGCACAAAACCGCUUGUCACCCAAUUCAAAAUGAAUCUAAUGGCUAGUUGUGAGCGCUCGAAAAUCGCUAGUGAAUGUUCAAAAGUUCCGUUAUCUAUCCGAUCUUUGGUGUACUGCACCGGUGUAGCCGAAAUUGAACCGGAAGGACUUGAACAAAUCCGUGAAUUCUACGUGCGAGAAGUGAAUGAAGCAGAGAGAAGGCGGCUUGCAGCAGCACUCUCAUGCAGCAAGGAUCCUGGACAAUUAAGGAAGUUGUUGCACGGAUCUAUACACUCAGAAAGAAGCUUAAUCAAGAAGUCAGAUGUGUCUUACCUAAUGGAAAAUAUGAACAGUCAUGCAGUUGGAUCGGAAAUCGUUAGCAAUUUUGUUCUGGACAACUGGAAAUACCUCUUUGAAAGAUUCUUGGAAGAUCACGAAGCUUCAACGUACGGAUUGGAAGUGCUGAAGCACCAUCUCGAAUCUGCAAUGAGUCGAGUGCACUGGCUGAAAUCAAAUGCGGACACCAUUAAGAAGCUUUUAAAUUCUAGUCUCUCAGAUGAAAAUACUUUAGGCCUUUCGUCGCAUGCUUAG